AUGAGUGCCCAACAAGCCCCAAAGUGGUAUCCAUCUGAAGACGUUGCUGCUCCAAAGAAGACCAGAAAGGCUUCUCGUCCACAAAAGUUAAGAGCUUCCUUAGUUCCAGGUACCGUCUUAAUUUUAUUAGCCGGCCGUUUCAGAGGUAAGAGAGUUGUUUACUUAAAGCACAUGGAAGACAACACCUUAUUAGUUUCUGGUCCAUUCAAGGUCAACGGUGUCCCAUUAAGAAGAGUCAACGCUCGUUUCGUCAUUGCUACUUCCACCAAGAUCUCUGUCGAAGGUGUUAAUGUUGAAAAGUUCAAUGCUGAAUACUUCGCCAAGGAAAAAUUAACCAAGAAGCAAAAGCAAGAAGCUAACAUGUUCCCAGAAAAACAAGUCAAGGAAUUAAAGGCUGAACGUGUUGAAGACCAAAAGAACGUUGACAAGUCUUUAUUAGCCGAAAUCAAGAAGACCCCAAUGUUGAAACAAUACUUAGCUGCUUCUUUCUCUCUAAAGAACGGUGACAAACCACACUUAUUAAAAUUCUAA